CCCUGUUCUCUGCAUUAUUAUUAGUUUACAGAGUGGUAAAAUGGGUACAAUCGAAAAGAUCAAAACAAGGCCGAAUAUGCAAACCCCCUAGCGCACAAAUUUGAAUUCCUGUCGUUUCUCCCCCCCCCCUGUCCCAUUUGCGUUGCUGCAUUGGAUCGCCGGCCAAUCGCAGAUCAGCAUCACUCAUCUCUCUCUCUCUCUCUCUCUCUCUCUCUCUCUAUGUUCGUUCCCCUUUAAAUAAUCAGCCUCACCAUCCCCCAACGGUCCGCAAUCACAUGGCAACAGUUCAGUCUCCCCCCGCAACUUCCUGCAUUUUGUCUCCCCUCUCCUUUCUCUGUAAUGCAUGCCUCAUAGUCUUAUAUAUGUACACAAGUGUUUGAGAAAUCAUAGAGAGGCAGAGAGGUAAUUGAUAAAAAGACCAAAUGGGGAAUUGCAGUCCAAGAGGGGUCACCACCAUAGAAGAGAGCCCGAAUCCAAUCCGGGUUCGAACCGAUUCCGGCGAGAUCAUCGAGUUCAAUGCUCCUAAGCUCGCUAAGGAUGUCGUCAGUGACUACCCCGGCUUCAGCAUUUACAGAGAUGGUGAAACUCAAGGGCCAUCCGGGGCGCCUGUCCCUCACUGCGAGUACUUGAUCGGCGGGCAGUUUUACUGCCUUGUUCCGGUAAAGAUUGCAGCUUUACCGGAACCCAAGGCGGUCCCGAUUGGUGGUGAUGAUGGGCCGAUGAAACCGAAGGAGUUGUCAUCGGAUUCCAAGAAAGAGGCGCAGGAGCAGGGGAAGGGGUCAGCAGCGCUCCAUGUGCUGCCGUCGCACAGGGAUGGAGUGUGGAAGGUGAAGCUGGUGAUAGACCCCAAGCGGCUGGAGGAGAUUUGGUCGGAGCAAGAAAAUGUUGAGGCGUUGAUUGAGAACAUGAGGAUGGUGGCGGCUGCGGCGGAGAGUUUCACUCCAAGGCGGAGCCGGAGUUCUUGGGGAGUGUCGAGGAAGGCGGCUUCUCUUUCUCACAUGCUCAAGCUGCCCAACUGAAGAAAACACACUGUUUUUGUUCUGCAAUUUUUUUUGGGGGGGGUCUUCCUUUGGUUUCUGGAAAAAGCUUCUUUCAGUACAUCUUUCUCAGUACUGAGGAUUUUGGUUGUUGAGGAAUUAACCUAUUGCCAAUGUAAAUACACCGUUGAGUUUUGGAUCAUAAUGAAUCAACAAAUUUCCUUAUUGUUUCAUAUCUAUGUAAAUAUGAUAAAAAGGUUUAAGAAUCGUAAUUUCAUUACUGAGUAGAGAAGAAUUUAUAACGAAAACCAAUCGAAUAAGAUUUUAAAUCGAGU